CCACAUCAGUGUAGUUUCUUCUUCUUUUUAAUCAGGCGGGGUCCUGAGGUCCAGGCAGCCGUCAGUACUAAAAGUGAGUUUCCAACAGAAGAGAAGUUUUUUUUAGCCAGUUCUUGAAGCCGCUCGCGUAACCGAGCCGUUAGCUGCCGUGACACCGCGCCGCGGCUCUGUUUGCGGACCGUUGAGCCGCCAUGGAGGUCGUCCGCGCGCUCGUGUGCCUCCUGUCCGUGUUCGCCGCCCUCGUCUCGGAGAGGUUCGUGGUGCUGGCGUCCUUCUCCCAGUCGCUGGACAGCGACUUCACGUUCACGCUGCCCGCCGGGCGCAAGGAGUGCUUCUACCAGACCAUGAAGAGAGACGCGUCGCUGGAGCUCGAGUACCAGGUGUUGGAUGGCGCAGGUCUCGAUGUGGAUUUCCUCAUCACCGCUCCCUCUGGCCAGGUGGUGUUCAGCGACUACCACAAGUCGGACGGCGUGCACACCGUCGUCGACACCGAGGACGGAGACUACAUGUUCUGCUUCGACAACACGUUCAGCGCCCUCUCCGAGAAGCUCGUCUUCUUCGAGCUGAUCCUGGACAACAUGGAGAAGGACGAGGAGGAGGCGGAGGACUGGAAGGAGUACGUGCAGGGAACGGACGUGCUGGACAUGAAGAUGGAGGACAUCAUGGACACCAUCAACAACGUGAAGGCUCGGCUGGUCAAGAGCGUUCACAUCCAGACGGUGCUGCGGGCAUUCGAGGCUCGCGACCGCAACGUCCAGGAGAGCAACUUCGAACGGGUCAACUUCUGGUCCGUGGUCAACGUCGUGGUCCUGAUGGUGAUCUCGGGGGUCCAGGUGUACCUGGUCCGCUCGCUGUUUGACGAUAAGAGGAGGAUUCGUACAUAACGCCACACACAGAAACUAACACACGCCCUCGGAUACAUUUCUAUUUUUCUUCCCGCAGAUCUUGUGACUUUAUCAUAAGAUGUCAUUAACACACAAACGGACAUUUUGACAUUGUUGACCACAACGUGCGCCUCUGUUGUUGCUACGGGAACAACUUGUGACAUCACCUCCUCUUCUCAAACUCUCUCUGAGAACCAGUCCAAACUCCUCCUCCACUUUCACCGACUCUCAGGAACCGAGAAGGACGUUUGUGAGGUUUUUUACUAGCCGAGCCUCGAGUUACUGGGCCAGUGGCCAAAUGCAACAACAACAACAACAAACGCAACAACAACGUCCUCUUUUCUUUGGACAUAUCUCUUUUUUUAGCUAAACUAGAUGAAGAAAUGAUAGUGUCUGAAGAAUUCUGCAUCUCUGCCAAAUAAGAGUGGGAAGUGCAAUCAGUCAGCGAGUAUUCCCCUUUUUUAAACGACUUCCACUCAUAUGUAGCUUUGUGUGUUUACUGUGGCGACUCGUAUUUAGAGGUCUUUUGAAGGACGUCGGUCCUCUAGAAACUCGGUCCCACCUUCCUGUUCACGCCAAUACUGGAGGAGGAAAGGAAUCGAGGCGUCUCCUCGGGCCUACUGCUCUCCUCCGUGGAGCCUCGGUGUCUGCUUACAACUUCGCGGCCGCGUCUAUUCGUGUCUCGCCGACGGCUGGAAGGUCGAGUCGCUUCACCUCUGGAGCCGCGGGGCGACGUCCUGAGCCCCAUUUUGCAUCCCGUUGAGGACAAUCUGUUAGUUCUGACGCGAGUGAAGGAGCUGCUCAAGAUGUUUUUAUAUCCUUUUUGUUUUCUUGUGGGUUUUUUUCGGGAUGCCGGGAGGUUUUGGUUCAUGUUUCGUGUCACGGCGCUCCGCGGGUCGCGCCUCGGCUCCUCGCCGCCCCGCUGGAAGCUGCAUGUCGCCGUCUUCUUCUGACUUUGCCCUCCUGUGAGAUAAAGAGCCCACGUGAGUUCAUGUCUGAGGCGACACGACAGGCAACAAAUAGUGUUUUUGUUUUUUAAUGCACUGGUUAAAUGAGAUUUUGGGCUUUUUUUGCUUCCAUAACAAAAUGGUCUUUCAAAAUGGUGGAAAGAAAACAUCCAAAAUACAUGUUUUAUUUUACUACUUGGUCUGGGGAAGUUUCAUGUUAGUUUUUUUGUUUUCUAUUUACCCAAAAUGUUUUUAAAAUGUAAUUUGACAAAAUAUAUAUAUAUAUAUCUCUUCAAAAAAGCCGUUCUUUGUAAAUUUAGUUUUUUAAAGACUAAACCAUAAAUCUCCACUACAGAGACUCUUACAUCCAGCAAACUUUACACUGUCAUCCCUCUCAAUAACCUGAAGGUUUUUACAGAAGUUUGUUUAUAGAUCAUUUAUACAACAUUAUAGGACUGACAGUAUUUUCUCAUUUAUGGCGUAAUGCAGUCUGUAAAAACUUGAAUUUUGAACCUGGCUUUAUUCAAAGAGACUGCCUUAUUUGCAUAUUUUUUGUAAACUAUUCUACAUCACGAGUUGCCUUAAUGUCAAUGUUUAAUGGUGGUAUCGAUUGCGUUGUAUACGUCCCACCUGUAGCGGCUUUGUAUUGUAGUGCUGUCAAACCAAACUUUGAGACGAUGAAGUUUGUUCCUGAAUAACGAUGAAGCUCUUUGGUUUUAAGAAACCGCCCUCAGUUAAAGUUCUCACGGCCGUCGUGGUGGGAUCCAGUGUUCAUUUUAGUUUAUGUUGGGAUCCUAUAAGUGACGGAUUCAUUUUAAAGCUGUUCGACAAAAAUAAAGACAUAUUUUUUAAAUAUUUCUAUGUUACUGAGUACGGAUUGUUAAAUAUUCUGAAGUGUCCGUCAUUGUAAAGUUGCGUUUCCUUUUCUUUUUGACUUCCCUAACGGUGCCACGAGGGGGAGGGGAGGGGUAAUGUGAUAUUUAUUCAACUGUAGUUGCAAAUGUGUAUAAAUUAAAACGAUCCUCCAUUC